AUGACUUCGUUCGCCUCGUCUCCCCGAACGUUCUCUAGGUAAUAACUCGGCGGCAUGAAUCCUACCAAAGGCCAAGCCAUCCAAUGGCCGAGGGGCACAUUGAGCGCACUGGGUAAAAAUAGGGAGUUCUAAAAAGAUGUUCAGAGCUUCUUUCAGUCUUGAAGAUAGAUGCCGAUAUGAUGUCUGCGUUUUGGAUUGUGGCGUCGUUAGUUCUGGGAGUUCUUGAAACAGUCAGGGCUGAACCAGGUCCAAAAUGUCGGCUUCCUAAUAAUAGAACUAUCGCCCAAGUUACGGAUUGUAUCAAGCAUGAUUAUGACAAAGUUCAGAGACCUUUUUCUGAGGAUGGAGGCCCCCUUCGUGUCCAUGUUGACCUCGUUGUCAUCAAAAUCGGAAAUCUAGAUGCACAGACGAACGAUUUUUCUUUUGAGUUUUACAUGCGUCAACGAUGGAUCGACCCUACAUUAAAAUACAACAAGUCUUCCCUCUAUAACAAGAACUACUCUUAUGCGAUCCUGGAUCAUACACUUGUGAAUAACCUCUGGAAACCGGACACGUACAUAGAGAACCUCAAACGUCUAGAGAUGGGCUUUAGCGGAGGACCCUUUAUCAACGAGGGAUUGAGGCUCUUCCCAAACGGACUUGUCUUGAUAAGUUCAAGGGUCAGCGCUACUUUGUCAUGCGCAAUGAACUUUCACAACUUCCCAAUGGACAGACAAAGCUGCUCCGUCACUAUCUCAAGCUAUUUUUUCACGGAAGAUGACUUGUACUACGAUUGGAAUGAUGUGUCCAUCUACAAAGGCAACCUGAGCCAGUUUGACUUGCUCGGGCUGGUCAGUCUACGUAAGAGUCUCGUCUUCACAUCAGGGACCUACAGCUCGUUGGUCGCCACGUUUCGGUUUCGUCGUCGCAUCCAGAACUACCUGCUCUCGUUCUACGUGCCGACCAUCCUCACCGUCAUGCUGUCGUGGGUGUCAUUCUUUAUCAGUCCAAACUCGGCUCCUGCUCGGUGCGCCCUCGGGAUCAUCACGGUACUCGCAGUCGGAGGUUUUUUAACCAAUCAGAGGAAGUCAUUUCCAACAGUGUCCUACGUCAUGUCCGCUGACCUGUACAUACUGGUGUGCUACGUCUUCGUUUUCUGUGCCCUCCUGGAGUAUGCUGUAGUUCAUUUCUUCUUCGUCUACGACAAGCAGCUCCUGCAAUUCCAGCAGCAGCAGGAAAAGCUCAUGAACCAGAAAGAUGGCAAUGCGCAAGACAUAAUCGAUGAAGGAGAGUUCGAAGAGGACGCAGACGACGACAAUAACCAAGACGACCAAAAACCUCCGUCGAAGCAAAAGCCCUCUUUUACAACAGUAGAAGCAUUCAACAAGGUCGCACCCGAAUGCGAGAGUCCUGGGAACAAGCCAGCACGUGGUUUCGGCCGCACCUUCUUGAAGGUUCUCUUGUUGCCACUGUUGUUUGUGAAGAAAGGCUUGAGAGAGAUCAGCGAGAACGCGUUAAUCGUAGAUAAGAUCUCACGUGUUUUGUUCCCAGGGACCUUUGCUCUUUUUAAUGCCAUCUAUUGGGGUAUUUAUCUUGAAGAGCAUUAGAUACUUUUUGGUACUGCAUUUCACUUCUUGUUUAUAUCAAGUAUAAUUUGUAGUAUGAGUAAAAAAAAAAUUGUUUGGGAACGGUGGUUUCUCGUCUAGCUCGGCCAAUUUCUUGAAAGGACAUUACAUACCAUUUUUAUAUUUGAGAGUAUUCCUUAUGUCUUUUAUUACGUUUUACUUAAAAAAGUCAAGAAUUUCACGUAAACUUACAGGAACUCAAAUUGUGUUUUGGUGUUGGGGAUUUGCUGCUAGUGUUGCGCUGCUGAGGGAGUGGGAGUAAGGUAAAUGAUGACGGUUUCCAGAAUGCGUUCAAGAUUUUCUAUGAACAGCACAAAGAAUGAAUAAACCGCUUUCAUUGUGGCUUUCAAACGGGGUUCAUUACUAAUGCAAAUCUUAUGACGACGUUCUUUUCGUAUGUAGUUGCUUUGAAUCUAAACAGUGCAGGCGCGUACACAGGGGGGUGCGCAGAUUCCCAAGACGCUUCCCCCCCCUCGGCCAAUCCUGGGUACGCGCCUGCAGUGAGUUAAAUAGCCUGAAGAGCAAGCACUUAUUGGAGUUUCAUUUACACAUUUUUGCUGAAACUGACCUCAGGGAAUUUUUAUCACACAAACUCGGCAAAAGGUUGACACCAUGAAAAUCUUAACGGCAAAAAAAAAAAAAAAAAAAAAAAUAGAUACAUGAAAAAAAGGGUUGCAUGAUUUAAUAUUAAUCAGGGGGAUGAAGGGUUCGUGAUAGUGAAACAAAUUUGCUCCAUGAUUCGUUAAAAUUGAAAUAUAAAGGCCGUGAUUCGUGAAAUUUUAUGUUUUCUUGAACCGGAAUUAACGAAUUUAUCUUGCGUUAAUCUUGGUUUUAAAAUCUCGUGAAAUUCGUGAAACGUAGCUUUUGGUCUAAAUAGCAUUCAAAAUGCUAGUUGUUUGGUAGUUAGUCUAUCGUUUCUUUACUUUGUUAUUUGGUAUUUUCAAGGAUGAUUUUAAAAACUAACUCUGCCAUUCGUAAUUGCUACCCCAUCCCCCCGUUCAUCCCCCUGAAUGAUGGGUUUACAUAACAUGUAUUAAUAUUUAGGUAAUUUGUUCUUUGAGUAAUAAAAAGAAAGCAUUUUCUUGCAAAA